AGCCAGUGUACAUCAUGGUCAUGUGAUCAGCAGGGGCGGGGGUCAGACUUUGUACUGUAGGUCUGCAGAGCACAUCAGCACCUGAAGUUUCCAAAAUCCACCAUGUGGCUGAGAAUCAUCUUCAUCUUCAUCGUCUUCAACGUCUCUGGCUGCUGCGCCGCCUCAGUGUUUCUGGAUCCGGAUCGAGCUCAUGGGGUCCUGGUGCGGACUCGCCGGUAUAACUCGGGCUGGUUGGAGGAGCUGCAGAGGGGGGACCUGAAGAGGGAGUGUCUGGAGGAGAAGUGCACAUACGAGGAGGCGCGGGAGGUGUUCGAACACACCGAGACCACGAACGAGUUCUGGAAAACGUACAGCCUCCCCGACAGUUGCCAGUCAGCUCCCUGUCUGCAUGGCGGCAGCUGCCAGCCCCACGGACAGUCCUACUCCUGCAACUGUCUGCCUGGGUUUGAGGGACGCCACUGUGAGCACGAUAACUCCAGCGUCACCGGUCUGUGUCUGAAGGACAACGGAGGCUGUGAGCAUUUCUGUGAGGAGGACUACCAGGAACAGACGCUGAACUGCUCGUGUGCAGAAGGCUACGUCCUGAAGGACGACGGUUUGAGCUGUGAACCUGCAGAGCCGAUAGUGUGUGGUACAGUCCCCGUCCUAGAGGCACAGAACAGAUCGGAGGAACUGGACUCCCGGGGUCGAAUCGUGGGAGGAACAGAGUGUCCCAAAGGGGAAUGCCCCUGGCAGGUUUUGCUGCUCUAUAAAGGAAAAGGUUUCUGUGGAGGAGUGAUCAUAAAACCACUCUGGAUCCUCACGGCGUCUCACUGCCUGGACGACUACCAGGCUCAGUUCCUGCAGGUGGUUGCAGGCGAGCACAACACAAAUGAUGACAAUGAGGGCACGGAGCAGUUCAUUCAGGUGUCUCAGGUCAUCAUGCAUGAAAACUAUGUGAAACAAACCGCUGACAACGACAUCGGCCUCCUCCGUCUGGCAUCUCCGAUCAUCUACACGAGAUACGCCGUCCCCAUCUGCUUGCCCACACGACCCCUGGCCCAGCUCGACCUUUGGGCCAUCAACCUUCACAUGGUGAGCGGCUGGGGCAGGAUGGCCCAGGACGGACCCACCUCCUCGGUCCUGCGGCGGCUGAUGGUGCCGAGGAUCUCGACGCAGGUUUGUGAGGCGACGAGCGGUGUGGUACUCACUGACAACAUGUUCUGUGCCGGGUAUUUCGAGGGCAAGCAGGACUCGUGUAAAGGUGACAGCGGCGGGCCACUAGUGACCAAGUACAAGAAGACGGUGUUCCUGCUGGGCAUCGUCAGCUGGGGAAAGGGCUGCGCUCAACCAGGAAACUACGGCAUCUACACCCGGGUGUCCAACUACCUGGAGUGGAUCUACAACCGGACAGAGACGGCCAAUCAGGGGUGACCACGACCAAGGCUACACCACACAACCUGAGCACAUGAGAGACCAUGAACACGUUCUGCAGUUCGACUGAUUGACCAUCCUUAAAACACGACUUUGAAAAUUAACAAUGUCAAAUAAACAUGAAAUAAACAUUUUUAUAAACCUACUUUUCAAAGAAUGGACCAAAGCUUCAAAGUUCAAAUAAAAGGAAAAACAAUAAA